AUGCUAUCUCCACUAUUUGCAUACGCAAUUGAACGCCAGGUCGCUUACACGUAUACAUACGAACUAGCCCUAGGCGUUAUCCUGAUUACCUCGCGUGGCAGUGUUCAAGAAUUUCUGGAUUUCACUGCAAAACUAGUCUGUGAAAGAACAGCACUUUGCAGUCGGGCUGCUGUACAUGAAAAUGGCGAGUACUACUUUUGUCACGUCUUUGUUCGUCAGGAUAAACUGUGUGCAGUUGUCUUCUCCGAUCAAGAAUACCCUCAAAGGGUAGCGCAGACACUAUUAACAAAGACGCUCGAGGACUUCAGUGCCGAGUAUUCGCCGUCCACAUGGGCUACCAUGUCUGCUGGAGGCGCCAACAUGCGAAAGCUAGGGGAAUACCUCGUCAAAUAUCAGGAUCCUCGUCAGGCUGAUAGCCUAUCAAAGUUGCAAGCAGAUGUAGAGGACACAACACAAAUUCUUCACCAAACUCUCGAGACGCUGAUCGAACGAGGUGAAAAACUCGAUGAUUUAGUCAGCAAGUCGGAAGACCUCAGUUCGCAAUCCAAGCUUUUCUAUCAGACGGCAAAGAAGACAAAUAGUUGCUGUAAAUUUUUUGACGGCUUUUUUCUCCUGCCCACCAUGAAUUUCGCGACCUCCUACAGGGAUGAGCUCUGCCUCCGUCAUCUGACCUCGCUUGAUUCGUGGUUGCUAGCCCUGCAACCACCUUUGCCUCCGCUCUUUCUUUACCCCUUCCCAGGCCGCCGACUGUCUUCCCCAAAUUCAACGCAACCCAGUCCACUCUCCCGACCUGACUAA